AUGGCACGCGACCAGGAGCUCAUCUCCCUUUCCUCGUUUGGCAAGGACCUCCUGGCCAGCGGCCUUUUUACAUCUCUGGACGCACCAAACUUCGCCGACAAAGACAUCAAAACCCCAGCUCGCAGGAACCUUGAAGUUGCCCCGGGGGAAAUAUCUCCACCGCAGCUGGCCAGUCCUGCCAAAUAUAUAGACCUGCCGAAUUUUUCGGGUGAGACGUACGGAUUGGAAGACUCCCCUGAAACUCCCGAGCAGCUCAUCAUUGGAGGUGCUGAGGUUCAAAACGUGUCACUUGUUAUGGUAGACAAGCACGGUGCUUAUCAUGACUUCAAGGUGAUGCCUAUCCCCGUUUCUGGGGCUAAGAGCGGUACGGGGUCUCUUCUUGUUGCCCCGGUCGGAGAAUCGAAGCAGAUAGCUGCUCAGCCGAUGCUUUUGCUUCCAGCCCAGGCGGAUUCUGAUCUCUCGUUUUCCGAUGAUAGCAAGGUUUUGCCGCUGGGAGAACUGGAGAAAGCAAUGAAGGAGUCUAAGGGGGAGGUCGGUGUGGCGGCUGUUAAUGCCAUGGUUCUCAGUGGAGAGAUCGAGAACUUCUUUGGCAUCGAGGGGGUUACAGGCAAGCUGUACUGUUACAAGAGUGAUGAGGAGGUGAAUGACGAGCAGGGAGAAAAACCAAUCAAUGAAAAAGUUAUGCUUCAAGACAUGGAAUCGCCCCUAGGAAUCUUCUUCCCCGAGAUCGAAAACAAGACGAUCAAAGCUUUGCCCCUCAAGAACCUGGAGUUUACUUUUAGCAACACGAAAAAAGAGAUUCUGCUUCCGGAGGGACUCCGUCUGCAAGGUGACCUGGAGUUGAAGGAUGGACUGCAGUGGAUUUCCGAUGGUUUGAAGAAUGUUUUUGGUAGUGAAAAGGCCACAGAGCUACCCUCGAAGAUACGGGUCAGUGCCCUUUUGUCCAAGGAGAGAGACUGGACAAAGAAGCCCAAGAUUGAGGGUAUCGUUCUUCAGGCCUUUCUCCAUGAGAUGAAGCUACCCGCAUGGGACUUUUUGGAAUUUCAAACGGCAGGUAUUGAGCUGUCUGCUAGGAAGGAAACCGCGAAAAGUGACAUCGAGGAGGAUCCGGAGGAAGACAAUAAAGAGGGCGCUGACAAGAGAACAGAAGAGGAGGGAGACGGUAAGUCAAGGGAAAUAAUAGCCAAGAAAGACAAGGCCUCGAAUGCCCCCACGAUGAAGGAUGAUGCCACGGAGGAGAACCACGAAAAAGAAGAGAAGGAGAGCAAGGAGAAGAAAAAAUGGAAGGUAGGUUUUGGGCUGUUUGGCAAGCUCAAUAUUACCAAAGCUCCCAAGUCAGCGGUGCCACUGGAGGCAAGAUACUGGAUUCGUAUGGGAGACUGGAAAGAGGAGAAGAAAGAGGAAGAGGAAGAAGUCGAGGACGAUGACAAGGACAAGAAAUUAGAGAAGCAAGACGGCGGAGAGGGUAAGGAAACUGACGAAGCAGACGAAAAUAACGGUGGGGAAGAGGGCAAGCCCGCAGAAAGAGGAAGGCAAUAUGAAGUAUUGAUCGCGGUCAGCGAAUGGAAGGAUUUCUGCGCCAUUUCGAAUCUUGAUAUGAAAGAAGCCCAGCUGCACGCAUUCUUCAAACCUGGCGAAUUCCGGAAGUCUUGCACAUUGUCUGUCACUGGAUCCCUCGAGUUUGCCCAAGGGUGUCUUGACAAGGAUGACGAGGAAGAGGAGGAAGAGAAAAAAGGGAAGGAAAAGAAGGAAGAUGACAAGUCGAAGAAUGCGACUCUAACAAUCGAGGGGGUUCUAUCCAGACAGGACUACCAUUUUGAUGCCAAGGUGGGAAAUCUGAAGCUCGAUUCAAUCUUGAAGAUGUAUGCUCAGAUUACCGGGGCUGAACCAUCGAAGGAAGCCAAAGAACAUGACUUAGUCUUCGAAGAACUGCAUUUGAAUAUUAGCCGCAAGCUGAAGAGCAAGGAAAAGGCAAUAGAAGACGAGAAGGAAGCAAAAAAGGAAGAAGACGAGGAACAGCCUUCCACUUCCUUGGAGCUCUCCGGCAAAGUCAGCUUCAAUGAUUGCAAGAGUGUUCACGGUUUGAUCAAAAUUGACCCUACCUCAGGCCUCACUAUCCACGGCGGAGUUGAGGAUUACGAGAUCAAGGAUGCUGGUGUUAUUAUUAAAGAAGCCAGUAUUGAUAUCUUCAUUGGAGCAAAACCCGAGAAGUCCCAGGACAACUCCAAGAACACCAAGCCGAAACUCGAGGCAGAUAGGAAAUCCGGAAAGGAAGCUGGCGAGGACAAAGUGGAGGUCUUCAACCGCGCAAGCAAAUUUGCCAUCAAAGGCAGGGUUAAUUUCAGUGGUAUAACUGUGACGGUUGCCUUUAUGACUGAGCGCAAUGAAACCAACGCCAAGUCAGAGAAGUCGUCUGAGCGGGAAUGGGUCUUGUUUGGUAUCUACGAAGAGAGCUUGCACCUAGGAAAGAUGUGCGAUAUUAUGGAAGGCCCCAUGGCUGACCUCGAACUGAAAAAUGUUGCUCUCAUCGCGGCAUCCGGCGAGAACAAGACAAUCGAGGCGUUGAACACGCUUAAGUAUCCUGUACGAAAGGGAAUCUCGCUAUGUGCGACUAUCCCACCUCUGCCUGAGCUGAACAAUUUCGCCAAGCAGAAGGUGGACGGACUGGUUCUCGUUGCAACGAUAGAAAAGAAGAAGCUGGAGCUCGGCAUCCAGUUGCCCACGGCGUUUGAUGUCACUAUUACCGAUAGCGCUAAACUGUGUGAGAUUGGAAUUGGCAUUGAAAUCAGCAAGGCUCCCAGCUUGAUGGUCAUGGGCACGUUGAACAUUGUAAUGGACGUAGAUCAGGAUCCUCUGCUCCUCGAGGGCAUGGUGAAAGCUGGCCUGCUCAGUUCAUCUGCUUCGAUUGCCACCAAGUCGCCGUGGGUAAAUCCAUUGAACAUCAGCAAACAUGUUAAAAUCGCCGACUUCAGAGUCGAGAUCGAAGUUACCUAUGCCACGGUCAUGGAGCUUGGACCAUCCAAACUGGGCCUUGCUGGAGAUAUCGAGGUAGGAGACCUUACUGCUGGAGCCGCCAUGCAGAUCAGCCACCACCCUGGUGAGCAGGUUAUAUCGGCCAAUAUCUCCAAGGUCGAUCUCAUCGAAAUCAUCCGUGUUGCUGGCCAGGUCGCCGAAAUCCAAGCCUUGCAGGAUAUCCGUGGUGGCGAGGAUACGUUUGUUUUUACCGAUGCCAACAUGUAUUUCUCCACCGGGGGAACCAUAGCGGGGAGAGAGUACCCACAGGGUAUAUCAGCCGGUGGGAAGCUGACAGCGUUUGGGAAGACGGCCCAGUUUGACCUAAGCAUCGGCAAGGCUGGUCUGGAUUUCCAAGGGCAUAUCGAUAAUUUCAGUCUCGGGCCCUUGGUCGUCUCAUCUGCCAGUGGAGAUCCCCGCGCAAAGAUGGUCGUGGUGAUGGCUAAAGACAAACAAGUGAUCCAGGUGGACGGAAAGGUAAGAUGCUUUGGAAUUGGGCUUGCCACCUUAGUCGACAUCCAAAUAGGAACCGAAACCCCGUCCUUUGCUGCGCAUAUUAACGUGGCGUUUACCGAGGCAUUUAUAAUCAGUCUACAGGCGACGGUGGAGGACUUUAAGGAGGUCAAGGAUCUAGCAACAAAGGACUUAUAUUUCCAAGCCCAGAUCAAAGGUGAUCUAUUUGACAUGAUCUGUGAAAGUAUCAAGAGCCUGCUCCGGACGCUUGAGGAGCUGGGUAUCCAGGGUAUUGAAUCUCUUCAGAGCCUUAUUGGAGCGCAGAUUGCCGAAAAGCAGGCCGAAAUGGACCUAGAGAAGAAGAAACUGGACGAGGCACGGCAAGAGGUAGACAACCGGCGAAAGGAGCGCCAACGAAAUAUAAAAAAGGAAAAAGAUAAACACGACGAGGCAAAGAGAGAAAUCGAACGGCUGCAGGACAAGGUGACCAAGGCCAAGCAAGACAAGGCUCAGGCUGAAAAUGAACUGAAGGAAAAAGUCGAAAAGCUUAAACUCGAAAAGGAAUCCCUUAUCCAAAGCAAGAGAAAGGAGUAUAAUGACAAGCUCGAGAAGGCCAAGGAAGCUGAAGCAAACAAUCAGAGGGAGCUAGAGCGGCUGAGGCAACGACAGAGAGAUAAAUACGGCACCGAUUUCCUCAAAAAAGUGCAGCUUGCCCAAGGAGCCUAUCAUGAAAAAAAGAAGAUGGUAUCAGAUGCGUGGGACACUGUUGUGUGGCUUCAAUGGAAGUAUGACCACACAGGCUUCCCUGAGGACGCAUAUUGGGGCGUGAGGCUCCUGGCAGCCAAAGGUGUUCUUGAGGCAGCCAAGGUUGCAGCAGACGUAUACUACAAAGCUGCCCAGGCGCUUGACGACAUUGCUAAUUCUGACGCCUUUCAAUCCAUCGUCACAGCCAUUGAAGAUACAGAAAAAGCGGUAGAACGCGCGGCAAAUGGAGUUGACAAACUUCUCAGCGGAGGUGGUGUUGAUGGAUUUCUUAGAUCCUUUAUCGACACGGAAGAAGCCAAGAUCGAAGCAGUUAUAAAAGCUCUCCAGGCAAUGCAGAAUGAGAACAACGAGUAUCAAAGGGCUAUUCGGGAAGCGCAGGACAUUCUUGACCAGAAGGCACCCGACCUAGAAGACAAGAUCGCCCAGGCCGAUGAGAACAUCAAAUCCCUGGAAGAGGAUGCAAUGCUGGCAGAUCUUGAGCGAAAAUAUAACUAUCAGCUUGAGGUCCACAACAAAGUACACAACACCAUCCAACAAAUGCAGGCUGGACUAGAGACACUCAAGGAGAACUGGCAAAAGGGGAUGCACGCGUUGGAGGACGUGGUCAAUGAGAUCCAAAAGAAAAUCAACGCUAUCUUUCACAUUGAGAGAAUCGAGGUGGGAAUCCACACUCAUGCAUUGAUCGACGACAAACCCCUAGUCUUCAAAUUCUAUGGCACGGUGGCCAAUAGGCAUUUUGCAAUCGAGGCACAAUGGGCGCCAGGAAAUGAUCUCAGCCGUUUAUAUAAGGGAGUCACUAAUGAAAUUCUGAAGCUCGCCGUGUGA